CCCGUGGAGCCGGGCGCGGCCGAGGGGUAGCGGGGCGUAGCGGGCCCGGCCCGGGGCCGCGGGGCGGUGGCGGCCACCGGGGGCGCCACCCAUGCCAGCGAUAGGCAUCGACCUGGGGACCACCUUCUCGUGCGUGGGCGUGUGGUACCAGGGGAAGGUGGAGAUCAUCGCCAACGGGAUGGGGUACCGCACGACACCGAGCUACGUUGCCUUCACGGCCCAGGAGCGCCUGGUGGGCGACCCCGCCAAGAGCCAGGCGGCCACCAACCCAAGCAACACCGUGUUCGACGCCAAGCGCCUCAUCGGGCGCCGAUACAACGACCCCACGCUGCAAGACGACCUCCACAGGUGGCCGUUCAAAGUCGUGAACCAAAACGGCGCCCCGUUGAUCGAGGUGCAAGACCGCGGCCGCACCCGGAGGCUGUCCCCCGUGGAGGUGAGCGCCAUCGUGCUGGCGCACAUGAAGGACAUCGCCCAGACCUUCCUCGGCACCAAGGUGACGGACGCGGUCGUGACCGUCCCCGCGUACUUCAACGACGCCCAGCGCCAGGCGACGCGGGACGCGGGGACGGUGGCCGGGCUGACGGUGCUGCGCGUGCUCAACGAGCCCACGGCCGCCGCCCUCGCGUACGGGCAGCUCAUGGACACGCGCACCACCAGAAACGUACUCAUCUUCGACUUGGGCGGCGGCACGCUCGACGUGUCCCUGCUCACCGUCAGGGAGGGCCUGCAAUUCGACGUCCAGUCCACGAACGGCAACACGCAUCUGGGCGGCCGGGACUUCGACAACCUCCUGGUGCAGCACCUGGCCGACGUGUUCCGGCGCAAGCACGGCAGGGACGUCGCGUCCAACCCCCGGGCCAUGGGGCGUCUGAGAGCCGCGGCGGAGAAGGCAAAGCACAACCUCAGCUUCAGCACGGAGGUGAGCAUCGAGGUGGACGUGCUGGUGGACGGCAUCGACUUCCACACGCGGGUGUCUCGCGCACGCUUCGAGGAUCUGUGUGCCUCUCUGUUCCUGGAAACUUUGGAACCCGUCAAGAGAGCACUGGAGGACGCCAAGCUCACCAAAGAGGCGGUGCACGACGUUGUGCUUGUGGGAGGAUCCACCCGGAUCCCAAAGAUCCAGUCCAUCCUCCAGCGAUUCUUCGACGGCAAACAGCUCAACCUCAGCAUAAACCCGGACGAGGCCGUGGCGCAGGGUGCGGCCGUCCAGGCCGCGAUACUGGUCAAGGACGACUCGUGGGUGAUCCGCAACCUGGUGCUGCGAGACGUGAUCCCGCUGUCGCUGGGCAUCGGGCUGGAGGACGGCGGCAUGAAGAGGAUCGUCGAACGAAACACGCGGAUCCCCUGCCAACGCCAGGGCGGCACCAAGACCUGUGUCGACAACCAGGCAAGCGUGCUGUUCGAGGUGUACGAGGGCGAGCGGCCGCUGGUGCGCGACAACAACCUCCUGGGCUCCUACGUCAUCGACAACAUCCCGCCCGGGCCGCGGGGCGCCGUCAAGUUCGACACGUCGUUCUCCAUCGACGCGGACGGUAUCCUCACCGUCACCAGCAGGGAGCGAAGGACGGGGGUGUCGCAGCGCAUCACCAUCGGCAGCGACCAGCACCGCCUGUCCAGGCAGGAGGUGCAGGCCAUGCUCCGAGAGGCAGAGAUGUACAGGGCGCAGGACGAGCGGCAGAAGAGGUGCCUGGAAGGCCGGCGGAAGCUGGAGAACUUGGCGUACUCCAUGAAGCAGGCGCUGCGCGAGGGCGAGGGCGAGGGCCUGGAGCUGGCGCUGGUGAGAGUCGGGGGCGGGGCCGAGGCCGAAGACGGGGACGAGGAGGCCGCGGGGGCGGCGCGGCUGGUGGCCAUGACCUCGGCCACGGCCGGCCCUGGAGUUGGGCGGCUCUCGGCGGAGGAGAGGGUGGCGGCCGAGCGCGCCUACCGGGAGGUGCUGGACUGGCUGGAGACCGAGCAGACCCAGGCGGAGGUGGACGAGUACGAGAGCCGGUACCAGCACCUCAAGGUCUUCUGGAAAACCUGCAAACUAGAAACAGAAGAAACCGACCGUCGGCAGCCGUAAAUGCCACGCCAUCCUGACCAACAGAUGCUUACACUGCAUUCCUGGAUGAUAAAAACAACAACAAAUAAAUUAGACACUUAGCUUUGAUA